AUGUCUACAAACUUGUAUGAUAUUUUAAAAUGUCACCAAUCAAAUUCAACUGAACAAAUUAUUCAAGAAUAUAAAAAAUUAGCCAAGCAAUUUCAUCCUGAUAAAUGUAACUCUGAAGAUGCUGAGUAUUUUAAAAAAAUUCAAUAUGCCAAAGAUAUAUUAACAGAUAAAAAAAAAAGAGAACAUUAUGAUCAUUAUUUAAAAUAUGGUAGUUUUAUGUCUUUAGAAAAUUGGAUGGAAAAUUUAGAACGUAUACAACAGAGUUGCCAUUGGACAAUAACAAAACCACAGCAAUCUUUAAAAGCAAGUAAAUUUAAAGAAGAAAAAGAUAUUGAUAAUUGUAAACCAAACCUUUUAACAAAGCCUGGUAGUGUUUGGAUAAGAAGACAUAAUAAUGAAACUAUAAAUGCAUUUCGUAACUACAAAAUAUAA